ACAAUGUCAAAACAGAUCGGGCCGUGGCAAUGGGGAAUGGAAUUUAUAUUUCUUGGAAUUCUUACCCCAACAUAACCUGUGGCUACAUAGUAAAAUGGUGUCAUUCAUCUGGGUCUGAACCCUGUAGCGUGGACUGGCAGAAAUUUCCUUUAAAUACAACAGAUGCAGUGAUAAAGUCUGCUCUCUUUAGACCUGGUGUGAGAUACAACUUUUCACUGUAUGGCUGCAAAACCAGUGGAUAUCAGUUAUUGAAAAACAUAACUGGGUAUAUGAAAGAGCUGCCUCCAAAGCGUGCACCAAAUUUUACUGUAGAAGAAACUUCUUCAGAUUCUAUAUUGGUAAAAUGGGAAGACAUUCCUAUUGAAGAUUGUCAGGGGUUUAUAGAGGGAUAUCGUCUUUCCUUUGCGAAAGGUGAAAAAAAUGCUUUAAAGCCUAGGCUUUCGGAAUCAGGGAAUCCAGAACUUAAAGUUAAGAAUAUCACUGACUUAACAAAGAAGACUUUGAAAAUACUUGAUCUUCAAGGCAAAACAAGUUACCAACUGGACCUACAAGCCUACACUGCUGGUGGGUUGAGCCCUCCAAACAGCCUCUAUGUGGUGACAAAGGAAGACUCUGUAGGAUUAAUCAUUGCAAUUCUCAUCCCUGUGGCAGUGGUUGUGCUGCUUGGAGUGGUGGCCAGCAUCUUCUGCUACCGAAAGAGGGAAUGGAUUAAAGAAACAUUUUAUCCAGAGAUCCCGAAUCCUGAGAACAGUAAGGCACUGCAGUUUCAGAAGAACAUCUGUGAGGGAAAUAAGACCCUUAAAACACUGGAAAUGAACCCAUGCACCCCAAAUAGUGUUGAAGUGGUGGAAACACGGUCUGCAGCUCCCAAGAUUGAAGACACAGAGAUGAUGUCCCCAGCAGCAGACACCACGGUGCCUGAAGAUGGCUCUGACUCAGAAACGGAGAACCAUGUGGUUGUGUCCUACUGCCCUCCUAUCAUUGAAGAGGAAAUCUCAAAUCCCCCUAUGGAUGAACCUGUGGGAUCAUCUCAGGUGGUUUACAUUGACAUCCAGUCAAUGUAUCAGCCUCAAAUUAAAUCAGAGGAAGAGCCAGAAAUAGACUUAGUGACUACAGCAGGCUAUAAGCCACAAAUGCAGCUGCCUGUCAGUGCUCUGAAAAUAGAGAGUCACUCACCUGCAGAAGAAGAAUUAGAUAAAACCGCAGGUUACAGACCUCAAGCAAACACAAAUGCCUGGAAUGUGGACACUCCAGACUCCCCUGGAUCAGUUGAAAGCAACAAUGAAAAUGGAUCUUUUGGGAGCCCAUGCUCCAUUAAUUCUCGACAGUUUCUGCUUCCCCCAAAAGAUGAUGAAGACUCUCCCAAACCUAGUAACAUAGGGUGGUCCUUUACACACUUUUUUCAGAACAAACCAAAUGAUUAACAGCCAGUCCUCAUCACACCUGAAGCUGCCUUCUAAAUAAGCUCUUAUUCCUGACGUUGUCAAGAAAGGAAGAAGAAAACUGCAAAAGGCAUGAAUUAUUCUUGGAGACAGUCAGCAGAGGUUCUAGUGAGCUGAAUGUUACCAUGUUUAAGUUAGCGAAAGUGUUAAUGUUCCAUUUUAAUAGAGGCCAAGAGGCCUAAGUAUAGCAAUUUAGUUAUUACUCUAGUAGAAUAUAUUGGAUAUAAGAGGUAUUGAGUUUAGAGCUCCUGAUAAUCAUAGUCAAAGAACUCUGCCUACCUUCACAUAGUGCUCCAAGAUUAAUAUGGUCUCAUGCAACUUAUGACUUGGGAAGAUUGCUUUGCUUUGUUGUAGUUGUUCUCAACUGUGCAUACGCAAAUGAUGCAGCCCCAACAGGUUGCCUUACUGAAGGUUUCGUUUAUCACAAACCUCAGCUUAACACGUGGAAACAAUGUGGUUGGAAACUCUUGAGUUCUUUUAGCUAGUUAUAAACUAAGAACAAAUGAGAGUGCUAUUUCUUUUUUCUUCUCCCAUACGGAAGGGUAUUGUCACUGUUUAACACUUCUGAAGCAAUGGCCAUUCAAAUCUGUUGCUUUUUAACUAGACACUAGUUUCUGUACCUACUGUACAAUGUUUAUUCAAUGUUUGACUCAGGGGUACAAACUUGGGGAAAAAAAGUGUAACACUGAUUUAAACCUCAACAAGAACUGCAUAAAGUUAA